CCACGCAAGUCGCACUUUUCCCUGUAGUGCUAACCUGACGUCGUGCGUGCGCACGCUGAUGACGCGAAAGGGUAAAGGGUAAUGAGAUUCAAUGCAACAUGGCGGCCACCAAGCGGGUGCUGUACGUGGGCGGCCUGGCCGAGGAGGUGGAUGAGAAGAUCCUGCACGCGGCGUUCAUCCCGUUUGGAGACAUCACAGACAUUCAGAUACCGCUGGACUAUGAAACCGAGAAACACAGAGGAUUUGCUUUUGUUGAAUUUGAGCUCCCAGAGGAUGCGGCUGCAGCUAUUGAUAACAUGAAUGAAUCAGAACUUUUUGGUAGGACAAUACGUGUAAAUCUUGCAAAGCCUAUGAGACUAAAGGAAGGCUCUUCAAAGGCAGUUUGGUCUGAUGACGACUGGCUCAAAAAGUUUUCUGGUAAAACACUGGAGGAGACUGAACAGGCUGAAGGAACAGCGGCUCCUAAGCCUGCAGCCCAAGAGGGAGAACCACCUGCUAAAAAAGUGCGAGCUAACCCCCAGGUGUACAUGGAUAUCAAGAUUGGGAACAAGCCCGCUGGCCGUAUUCGCUUUUUGCUACGAGCAGAUGUUGUUCCCAUGACAGUAGAAAACUUCCGCUGCCUCUGCACACACGAGAAAGGCUUUGGCUUUAAGGGGAGCAGCUUUCACAGAGUUAUACCUCAGUUUAUGUGUCAGGGAGGUGACUUCACCAAUCAUAACGGCACAGGAGGAAAAUCCAUCUAUGGGCGGAAAUUUGAUGAUGAGAACUUCAUUUUGAAGCACACUGGUCCAGGUUUACUGUCUAUGGCAAAUUCAGGUCCAAAUACAAAUGGAUCACAGUUUUACAUCACAUGUGACAAAACAGACUGGCUUGAUGGAAAACAUGUUGUGUUUGGCGAGGUGAUGGAGGGAAUGGAUGUUGUACGUCAAAUGGAGGCUCAAGGGAGCAAGGAUGGAAAGUCCAAACAGAAAAUAAUCAUCUCAGACUGUGGUGAAUAUGAAUGACGUUACCUCUUCCGCACUGAAAAGGCGAUGACCAACAAACGUUACAAGUGGACUUAACAUUCUCCAGAAACUUUUUGUAAAUAAUUUGUUAAAAAUAAAUAUUUUGUUUUCUAGC